GACCAUCUCAUCCAGGUGAAUUAACGUGUUCCAGUCAUUUCAAACAUUUCUAAUCGAUAACAAUCUUAACAGACUGAAAACUAAUUAUGGAGCGGUUGUAGUAAAAUGUAAUUUGCAUCUAAUAGCGCGGGGUGGAAGCUCUCCUAUCAUUUAUUGGCCACGACUACGUGCGACUGUGUCUGUGUGUAAUGACAGCUCCUGUCCAGUGGGGGGAGCCCUUGGCAGCGUCGAGCCCAGCUCCAGAAGCUCUCAGCUCAGACUCAGCUGUUAGAGGAACUGGGAGAGAUCAGCACAGAACGCCUGGGGAGCAUCACCUCUGCUGCUGACGUGCUCCCAGGGCUGGCGGAGCGGCCUGCUCGGAUGGCUCUGUGGUCGGAGUGUAGUGGUUCUGGUGCACUGUUCCACGCUACGCUGGACCGGGUGCUCAAACACAUGCACCACUGCUACACUGGCCCACUGCAGGAGAGACACCCACACACCGCAGCUGACACAGUGAUCCGGCUGGUGGUGAGUGAGAUGGUGGACAGGAGUGAUCUGGCCUCCUCCCCUACCUGCCACCCCCAUUCGGCCCUGUCCCAGGACGUGGUCCCCCCUUCGGCCCUGUCCCAGGACAUGGUCACAGUGUUUCAGUUCCACAGCUACGUCUCAGAGCACAGCGUGGAGGACAUGGAGGAACACCUAUUGCAGGUAGCCAGAGAAGCUGUGUUUGCGGAGGGCCUGAGUGGUGGCGACUCAGAGCGUUGUCUAAAGGAACUAGAAGAGGUUUCACACACCGGCCUGUGUCCCCGGCAGCAGACCCUCAGGGCCCUGGCUUCCCUCCUCUCCCACCAAGACCCCCAGCUCAGCGAGGCUGCAGCUGCCUACAUAACCUCCGCUUCCUCACACACACCCUUCAGGUCAAAGGCGGUGGAUUGCUACACACAGGCCUUGUGGGAGUCUGGAGUUCAAACCCAAAGGUCUGCCUGUGCUGCUCUUAGCUGUCUACAGGCAGUAGAGAGCCUCCGGGCGGUGGUAUCACUGUGUGACUCGGCAGACGAGGAGCUUCGCCAUGUUGCCAUAGAAACCCUGCUCACUUUCGGUGAGGAGGGUCGUCUGGCGUAUGAGCAGCUGGACACGAUGCCCAGAGAGAUGGUACGACUGGGGACGCGGCGAGGGAACGCCGUCACCACCGCCUUCUGA